AUGGCCGGAUUGUCCUGGCGAAACGACCAGCUGAAACGAAAAUCAUUCAUCACCACUGAAUCUCGAAACCUCUCGAUCAAGGCAUCAUCACUCCAUCCGCCCACGGCUUGCGGUCGUGAUCCUCCGGGGAACCACCGUGCUAUCGACGUUGCGUUGCAGGGGCGGGUGAUACAGGCCUUUCCGUCUUUCUCUCUCGUUGACCUUAUCUGCCCUUCGAUCCCAAUACCUCCAUCGAUCAGCACUCGUCCCUCAGCAUCUACGGUCAACGCUUUGUGCACCCACCGAUCCGCUCCUCCAUCUCAAAAGCAGAAGGAACGUCACCACACCCUGGUUUCAUCAACACAGAGGGAAGAUAUUCGUCCCAAAUUUGAGGGCAAAGGUAACAGAUUGUAA